AUGUGUCUGUUGAGUCCGGAAUGUGUUUUUGCAAUGACUUUCUUUAAAAAGACCUGGGAAGCAAUCAUCCGUAACAGCGCUCGGCUUGCUGUCUUUGAACUUAAGUUGCCUACGUAUAAGGCUCAUUCACCACAGAUUGGGAUGCGCCGAUACUUCAUUGAUCUCUUGACUGUCCUCAGCAACCGUUUCAAUCUCUGCCCUACAGCCCGGCAUCUCGCUAUCUAUUUAUUGGACCUCUUUAUGGAUCGCUAUGAUAUCACUGUCAAGCAGCUGCACAUCAUUUCAUUUGCCUGUCUUCUCCUAGCAAGUAAAUUUGAAGAAAAGGAAGAUAAAGUUCCAAAGUUGGAGCACUUAAAUAACCUGGCAUACAUGUGCAAUGUGAAUGUGGUAUUGAACAAAAAAGAAUUGCUUAGAAUGGAAAUGCUGCUUUUGGAAAACUUCAACUGGAACCUCUGUCUACCAACACCAGCACACUACAUUGAUUACUACCUCUAUGCAUCCACUGGCGAGAAUGACCUUCACAACGGCUGGCCGAUCACCUCACUGACCAAAAUCAAAGCCUUUCUGGAGAAAUAUGCAUAUUAUUUCCUUGAUUUCUCAGUGCAAGAUCAUGCUUUCCUCCAUUUUCGUCCAUCUCUGAUUGCUGCAGCUUGUGUGUGCGCCUCACGUAUCUGUAUGCAGAUUUCUCCUGCCUGGACAGCACAGCUUGAAUUGCUAACAUGUUAUUCCUGGGAACAUCUUGCCCAGUGCAUUGAAAUGAUGCUCAUAUACUAUGAAAAUGAUAUCAAAGAAGCUAGUAACAUAAAAAAGCAAGUAUCGAUUCAACAUCGAGAAGAGGAAGCAGCGGGAAAUCUGAGCUAUCAAGCCACUACUCAAGUUCUCUUCCAGCAAUCUAGUUAUCAUCCAUUAGCCCAGCAUUCAGCUACGCUUUCCCAGUUCCAGUCACCAGUGCAAGAUUUGUGCUCCGCUUAUCGCGACUCCUUGCAGGCACACAGGCCCAGCGGUCUGUUUGCUGGGAGUGCUGACUCCCACGGUGCUCUUCAGGCCAGCCUUCGGCCGUCUGCCCAGGUUCUACCCAUCCAAACACCCAUUGCUGUGCAGGUGGCCUUAGGAACAGAGCCCAGACACUGCAUUUCCACAGCUUAUGGCAGUAGUUACUUCAGUGGUCAUCACUCAUAUGCAGCUGGUUGUUUUGACAGAUAA